UUAACAGAAUCGCAAGAAGCUUCUAUGCAGCACUUGCUGCAGCUGUUGCAACAGCAGCAACAACAGCAAGAACAAUUACAGCAGCAACAAACGGAAGUGCAACGACAGUUGCACUUCCUUUACGAAGAGCUGCAGAAAAAGCAGCAGCCGCCGCAGGAGCAACCUCUGCAGGAGCAGCCGCUGCAGGGGCAACCGCAGCAGGAGCAGCCGCAGCAAGAGCAGCCGCAGCAAGAGCAGCCGCAGCAGGAGCAGCCGCAAGAGCAGCAAAUAUACAGAAAAAGAAUAGGGGGCGGUCGCUCGAGGGCCCGUUGGCGAGCGCAAAGGGGGAUACCACCUCGCCGACGUGGCGGCCGAGGUGGCGGCCGCGGUGGCGGCCGAGGUGGCGGCCGAGGUGGCGGCCGAGGUGGCGGCCGAGGUGGAGGCCGAGGUGGCGGCCCCACCUACGUGUACCAUUAUAAAAAUUAUAACAUUUAUUAAAUAAUUGAAAAAAA